AUGUCAGAAAACAAAACUCAAGGGUCCAUGAAGAAAUGGCACCUACAAAUAGAAUCAAAUAUCAAGUCUGCAAGUCUGACAGCAAUACAGAUGAUCAAAGUCAAGGAACGGAAACUUCUGUCUGAACUGAAAGAGAUGUCUGACAGACACAUUGGACAACUGAAGGCAGACAUAAAGUCAGGUGAAUGGUACAGACACAGUGGUAGUUACAGACUACAACAACAACAGUGUAAAGUCCUUCUACACCAGGACAGUCAGCCAGGUCACAGCAAGCUCAGUGUGGGAGGUAGACCAUGUGGUAUAACAAGGCUGAAACACAACCAGGUGGCUGUCACUGUGCUGGAUACCAGACAGAUUGUAACAGUUGAAGUGAACCCUGACCUGGUGCUGCUGUCGACCAUCACAACCAGCAAACAGUACUGGGGUAUAACGUCUCUGACACCAUCAACACUAGCAGCAAGUUCCCACUCCCCUCCCUGUGUUGAUAUCCUGGAUAUGUCGGGACACGUGCUGAAGUCAGUUUGUCCUCGCCACAGAGGUGGAGACAUCUUAAAGUAUCCCAACUUCCUCUGUACCACGAGGACAGGAAACAUCCUGGUGUCUGACUGGGGAACCAAGUGUGUCGUGUGUCUGACCCCCGAGGGAGAUGUGGUGUUCAACUACAGACCUACAGGAGACACAGCACUGAAGGAUCCACGUGGUAUCACAAGUACCAGCACAGGCGACAUCCUGGUGACAGACAACUCACAACACAGAGUCACCAAUCUGGCAGAGUCAGGACAGUUUGUUAGAAACAUACUUACAUCACAGGAUGGUGUCAAGAAUCCAUGGGGACUGUGUGUUGGUGGGAGUGGUCGUAUGUACUUGUGUACAUCAGAUGUAGUGAAGGUAUUUGCAUGCUGUAAGUGAGUGAACAUGUCACAAUCCUUCCUUUGAAAGUGACAUAGUUAUAUGUUACUCGGCGGGAUCUACGUGUAAUGCACUCUGAGAACUGUGAUAUCACAUUUACUCUGGUGUUUAUUGGUUCGAGACACAAACGCCUCCAACUUUAUAAUCAGGCUGAAUUUUCUCUCAGGUGAAAUUCCUCCCUAUAUCUACACUUAGAAUAUUCAAAGUAUCUUUCAGCCAAUGAUACUUAGUCUCUUUGUGUUUCGGUAAUUCCAAAUGACCAAUGAAUAUAGCUCUAUCAGAAUAGGAGCCACGUGACCAUGUGGGUAAUCCGUAAUAUGUGUCUCACUUUAGUGCGGAAAUCGGGUUUUCUAUCACACUCCGGCGCAGCGAUGACUUAGCAUAACAUCACUGUCACACGCUAAUUUGCAUGUCACGUGACCGCACUUUUCACUUGUUUGUAAACAAACACGCAUAUUUGUAAAUCAGAAGGGACUGGCCUAAUGCAAGCUUUUCGAUGCGCUCUUCAUAUUGUUUUACAUUGUUAUAUAAAUAAUCUUCUACAACUGCGACACUAAUUUUUAUAGCAAUACAUAUUUAUACAUCAAAGUGACUGCAUCGGUUGCUUUCCACAGGGCUUCGAUGACAGCAUAUGGAAUCGCACAACGUUUGUCAACAAUGGAUCGCUACGCAAAUCGAAAUAGUGUCAGACUUUUUAGGAUAUUUUCUCAGUGAAAGUAAAGUAUUCUAUCACAGAAGUUUAAUUAGAUGUGCAGACUCGUCAAAUAUAGCGUUCAGAAACAUAUAAAAUAUAAUGAAUGGAAUGUGCAAACUGUGACGAAUCGUCACUAUGCUGGUCGCACGGAACUCCUCGUAGGAGAGAGAUUUUGUGUAAAACCAAUACACUUUCAAUUCAAAACGCUUUACACGUAAUAAACACACUUGUACUAGUUCAGGACAUAAUUUCGAAUUGCAGAAUCGGAAAAUCCAUUCCAUUCCAUCACGUCAUCAUUACAUUUCUUAAUUUACUAAUGUGCCCCCAAUGUUGCCUUUUUAAAAAGGCAUUUCGUGUUCUUAUAGUCUAAAUAUUGUACUGAAUAAUGUGUAAUUUGCUUUCUUCACGAUAUGGAUAAUAUUCUAGUGACGUGACGUCAAAUAUCAACUGACUGACUGACUCACUCACUCACUGGAUUCUAAUCACUCUGGCAGAUUAUCCAUACCUUGUUACGUGAGUGUGAUGAAUCAUACCUGUUUUAGAAGGACACAGCCUGUGAUGCGAUGCGAUGCGAUGCGAUGCGAUGUGAUGCGAUGUAAAUAUUCCGCACUUGUGCUUUCUAAUCAGAUAUAUGUCUUACUAAAAUCAUAUGGUUUAUAGACUAGAGUAGAGUAUUGCUAUUUUGUGUUUGCAUAAUGAUUUGAAAUCUUGGAAUCUAAGUGAAUUCGAUGUAAAAGUAGAGAGCACAGUCAUACAGCUGAGUGUGAGGUUAAACAUGCAAACAAACAAUUAAACACGUGCUCAUAAUAUAGUCGGAAGAUUGCUUUUAGCAGAGACAUAUUGUGGAUGGAAAAACGUCUUUGUCACUUUUUAGUUAAUGAAGUUUCAAGACUAUGAGUUGUAUAUGUACUGACAUGUUUGGAAUAAAAAUACCGAUGUAUG